AUGGCAGUGAAUUAUGCGGCCACUGAAUCUCAGCACGCGCUGUUUGCUCAUGCGCAGGCACAUGCCCAAGCUCAGGCACAGGCUCAAGCGCAGGCCCAAGCUCACGCGCAGGUGCAGGCUCAGGCACAGGUUCAAGCACAGGCAAAUGCGGCUAGAGCGCAUCUGAAGAAUGCCCAGGAGCAAGAGCUAAUCCGCUUUCGCAAUUUCCGGCCACUGCUCGAUGUCAGCGUCGAUGUCGUCGACUUUUACCGCAAGUGCCAUCCCGAGUUUUAUUACGAAAGCGCCCGCCGUCCGCGCCGUGUACUGACGCAACCAUCCGAGGGCGUCAACAAUGAAGGUUUUGACAACGAGCACUUUGACUACAUACUCUAUGUCAACGAUGUAAUUGGUGAUACGGAUGGCCACCAGUACUUGAUCAUGGAGAUGCUGGGCAGUGGCACGUUCGGGCAGGUAGUCAAGUGCCAGAACAUUAAGACCGGCGAGCUCGUUGCGGUCAAGGUCAUAAAAAACAAGCUGGCAUACUACAAACAAAGUCUGAUGGAGGUGCAGAUGCUCGACCUGCUCAACAAGAAGUAUGACGUCGACGACAAACAUCAUAUCCUGCGACUCAAGGAGUCAUUUGUGUUCCGCAGCCACUUAGUAUUUGUCAACGAGCUGCUAUCGCUCAAUUUGUACGACCUCCUCAAGCAAAACCAGUACCAGGGCUUGUCGACCAACCUCGUCCGCGUUCUGGUCCAGCAGAUCCUCGACGCAAUGAUUAUCAUGAGCCAGGCGCAGAUUAUCCACGCGGAUCUCAAGCCCGAGAACAUUCUGCUCGAGGGUACAGAGAAGCCCGUAGUGAAGGUCAUUGACUUUGGCUCGGCUUGCUUUGAGUGGCAAACCACGUUUACCUACAUACAGUCGCGGUUCUAUCGGGCGCCCGAGAUCUUACUGGGCCUGCCUUACUCGUCGCGCAUCGACAUGUGGUCACUCGGGUGCAUUGUGGCCGAGCUCUACUUGGGUUUACCGGUGUUCCCAGGCUCUUCCGAAUACAACCAGCUGUGGCGCAUCGUCGACCUGCUGGGCAUGCCACCGAUCAACAUGUUGGAGAAGGGCCGGCGGACUGAGGAGUUUUUCAACCGCCUUAAUAACGGAUCUUGGGAUAUCAAGACCAUGGCCCAGUUCGCCAGCGAGCGCAAUAUUGAAGAAAAGCAAUCGAAGCGCUACUUUGCAGCCCGCACGCUCGAGGAGCUGGUUGCCACGUACCCGGUCCGCCGCAAGAUGAACGACACCGAGCAGCAGCGCGAGUACCAGUCGCGUAUUGCGCUUACCGAUUUUUUGCGCGGCCUGCUCCACCUCGAUCCCGAGAAGCGCUGGUCGCCACAGCAGGCUAUCAUGCACCCCUUUAUCACUGGCGAGCCCUUCAAUGCGCCGUAUGUGCCA